AACAUAAAAAAAAAAUCUUUCUCUUGUCAACGUGAUAGCGCAAGCACGUUGUGUUGUAAUUUUUACACGAUAAAUUCCAAAAAUGUCGGCGCAUUUAAAUUGGAUGAUUAUCAGAAACAACAACGCCUUCCUGGUGAAGAAGCGUAAUAUCAAGAAGCCAUUCAGUAAGGAACCAAACAAUGUAACUAACCUUAGUGCGUUCAAAUACAAUGGCCUGAUCCACAAGAAAGCUGUCGGCGUGGUGGAGAAUCCCAACAGGAAAGGUUUUACCGUAGUGUACAAGAAAGCUAAGGCCACGAACAAGCCGGCAAAGAACCAAGUUCGCCGGUCAUUCAAGGCUGGAGCCAGAAGAUCACUCCACAAGGUAAAGAGGUUGCUCAGAGCUAACAACUACCGCCCCGACUUGGCUAAGGCUACACUUCGUCGUGCUUCUGCUGUUCUUCGUUCCCAAAGGCCCAUCAAGGCCAAGAAACCUAAAGCGGCCGCAGCCAAAACCGAGUAAUAUGUUAUAAGCUGACAAUAAAAAAAAUUAUAAAAUCA